AUGUCCGAUCUCGAAAAGACGCAGUCGCGCAGCGGUGCUCACAGUCAAGUUGAAGAUGUCAACGCCAACAUUCUAGCUCAGGCUGACGCGCCGAUUAACUACGAUGUUGAUGGCAUCAAGGGUAUCGUGCGGUCCCCAUACGUACUUGGGGCUGCUCUCUUGGCCUCCUUCGGUGGAUUCUCCUUCGGUUACGAUCAGGGUGUCAUCUCAAUCAUCCUGGUUAUGCCCCAGUUCCACGACCAAUUCCCCGAAACCUCCCCCGACCACCCGAGAUAUGGCUUCAACACCGGCUUCAUGACUGGCAUGCUUGAGUUCGGAGCGUUCAUAGGCUGCCUGUUUCUCCCAUACCUCGCCGAUAAGAUCUCCCGCAAAUGGGCCCUCACGAUCGCCACAUUCUUCUUCUGCGUCGGCGCCAUAAUCCAAACCGCGGCCCAUAACUACGGCACCUUGGUCGCCGGCCGCACCAUCGGAGGAAUUGGUGUCGGAACCCUGGCCAUGGGUGCGCCAUUGUACAUCUCUGAGAUUGCGCCUCCAAACCUGCGAGGCUCCCUCCUCGUUCUGGAGUCCAUCAGCAUCGUCAUUGGUGCCAUUGUCGCAUACUGGAUCACGUUCGGCACGAGAAGCAUCUCCGGCGAGUGGGCUUUCAGACUCCCCUUCGCUCUGCAAAUGGCUCCGGCGCUGAUGGUGGGCCUCGGCAUCCACUUCUUCCCGUUCUCUCCGCGUUGGCUCGCGAUGGUCGGCCGUGACGAGGACAGUCUCGGAGCCUUGACCAAGCUCCGCCGUGUACCCGUAUCCGAUGAGCGUGUGCAAGCCGAGUGGAAGGGAAUCCUAUCCGAGGUGCGAUUUCAGCAGGCAAUGGUGGCUCGCGAUCACCCUAGCACCAACGCUUUCACGGCAGAACUUGCGCAAUGGGCGGAUCUUUUCAGACCUCGGUACUUGAAGCGCACCACCAUUGCCCUCGCAAUCCCGUUCUUCCAGCAAUUCUCAGGAAUCAACGCGUUCGUAUACUAUGCUCCCACAUUUUUCGCUGCCCUUGGCCAGAAGGGAGACAUGCCCCUGAUCCUAUCCGGGAUGGUCAACAUCUGCCAGCUCAUCGCCGGCAUCCCCACCUUCCUGUUCCUCGACCAAGUCGGACGCAGGAAGCUCGCAAUCGGAGGCGGUUUCGCCAUGGCUGUCCCCCAUCUCAUCAUGGCAGGCGUGGUUGGCAAGUUCAACAGUAGCUGGGACCAGCAUCCCGCCAUGGGUUGGCUCGGCGUUGCCCUAAUUUAUAUCUACGUUCUCUGCUACGCGACAUCGUAUGGCCCCUUGGCGUGGACCUUGCCCGCAGAGAUUUUCCCGAACUCGAAGCGCGCCAAGGGUGUUGGAGCUGCGACCGCCAUGAUCUGGCUGGCUAACUUCAUCAUCGGAGUUUGUGUUCCGGAGAUGUUAAUCAAGAUUGGCUGGGGCACCUAUCUAUUCUUCGGGUGUUUCUGCGUUGCAGCCGGUGUCUUCUCCUUCUUCAUGGUGCCUGAGACGGCCCAUAAGUCUCUGGAGCAGAUCUCCGCCCUGUUUGGAGAUCACAGUGUGGCGGAGGAGCAGGAUAUCCGCAGGCGCAUUGUGGAGGAGAUCUGGACCGACCCGAAGUAUCAGGUCUCCACUCAUCUCACCGGUUCUGACUCCGAGACAUACGUCAGCGCGGUUCAAGCUGUGUUCCAUGCCCAGCAAGAAGACACCAUUGGUCUCUUCAGCAUCAUCUAUCAUCCCCCACGAGGCGCCGAUAUCUAUGCCCCAAGCAUGCCGUCAUUACGGCACUCCGCUACCCUCAUUGCCCUUCGUCAAGAGAUAUGGUCCGUCCUGCUCUACCGACGGCCCUUCCGGCUUCCCCUCCAAGGCGCCGAAGACUGCUCCCAGUUUGAACCUGACAUGGUCGCCGACGACUUCGACUGGGCCAACCGAAUCCUCGUAUGGUGCGCCUACGUCCUCAAAUUCUGCUUCGGAACGUCGUCCGACAACACCAUCGAUUCCGAAGACCCCAAGUCCCGAGUGGAGCAGUGGAACGCCCUCAAAGCCUUCGAGCACAACUGGGACGAACACCUGCCUCCCCACUACAAGCCCCUGGCAUACCAAGAACGGAACCCUGAAAAGGGCGAUUACUUCCCCAUAAUCUGGCACGCGAACGACUGUCAGGUGCUGGCGUUGCAACACAUCGAGCUGACCAGGAUCAUGCUAGCGGUGCAUAGCGUGAAGAACCAGAGACUGGGCAUCGGUGCACAGGCGGCGAACCAGGCUUUCGAGGAGUUGCUGAGAGAUGCGACACGCAAAAUAUGUGGCCUCGCGCUGUCGAAUCACAGGGACCAGCCUGCGAUGGUGACUGCUGGCGUGGGCAUCUCUUUGUGUGGAGAGUACUUUCACGAUGAGGGCGAGCAGCAGGCCAUUGUAGAGUUCAUGGCGAACCUGGAGAGUUUACACGCAUGGCCUACCAGUUCGGUAGUCGAUGCGUUGAGAACUGCAUGGGGCACAAAGUAA